AUGGCAAAUAAAAUACUAGAUCCAAUCUUUAGAUUAUACGAUCCGAUUCGUUAUUCGUUUAACAAGAAAAAAGAGGAUUAUAUUAUCAUCUCACCGACUGUUGGUUCUAAAUCCCAAUUGAAUGAUGGUGAAGCUGCUGCUACAAAAGAGGCCGAAGAAAAGAAAGCAGCCGAAGAACAAAGACACAAUUUAGCAUUGGAAAAGUUGGCAGCAGAGGUUGAAAAACCUAAAUCGGAAAAGAAAGGUUCAGGAGUGGGAGAUAUGAUAGUGACAAUGAAAGAAUUUGGAAAAAUAUUUAGUGAAGAAACCAAGAAAACUGUUAAACAAGGAUUAAAUAAAUUAGUAGAUAGUAUUGACAAAGGAGAAAUCAAAGUCAAACAUAAGGAAAUAUUUCCUAAUAACCCAAUGCUCAUGUGUAUAUGCGGUAGUUCCGGUUCUGGGAAAACUCAUCUCACUUUUAACAUGUUGACUACACCAAACCUUUUAGACUUCGAUUCUCUGUAUAUCUACACAACAACACCAGAGCAAUCGUAUUAUCAAUUUCUCAAAGCUUUAGAAUAUCUACCAAAGAAAGAUGUUCAAGACCUAUUUCAAUAUUACGAAGAACACGAAGAAGAAGUGGAAAUAAAAGAUAUCAUAGAUAACUACAUCGAAGGAAAGAAUCCAACGGAUAUAAAAGUUUUUCUUACGAAAAAUGUCAAUGAUCUAGACUUGUCUAAUAUUGAUAGCAAACGAAAGAACUUAAUAUUGUUUGACGUUGCCAAGAAAUAA